AUGAAACGAUCUUUGUCAAUUGCGUCUAUUCUUGCCCUAUUCAGCAUUUCCUCAGCUGCACUUUGGAAUUUGGAAAAGAUCUGUGAAUGUGAACUUGGCUAUAACGCAUUGACUUAUAACAACUACGGGUGUUGGUGUGGUAUGGGUGGAGCCGGGGAUACGAUAGAUGGUGUUGAUAGAUGCUGCAUGAUGCAUGAUCAAUGCUACGAUCGGGCCGUCGACAAAAAAAUAUGCUCCGAUACCCCGUUCGAAUACGUCGACGACUUCAGCUGGACAUGCACAAAUAAAACUGCGGCUUGCGGAGCUUCAAGAAACCCAUGUGCGGCGGCUCUCUGCGCCUGCGAUAAGCAGGUUGUGGAUUGUUGGAAGCAAUACGCAAGGCCAGCGACGAAGCCGAAAUGCAACGGCGUGCGGCGGCUCCUCCAAAUCCUCGAAUCCUCCCUUGAACAUUUUCAACAC